AUGCCCGUCCUCACUCAGUAUGACUGGAUUCUCGCGAUCAUCUCUAUCGCUUUCUGCGGCUCCUCCUUUGGAAACGGUGCCAACGAUGUUGCCAAUUCCUACGCGACCUCCGUCGCUGCAAGAACCCUCACCAUGCCUCAGGUCGGUUUCCUCUCCAUGAUCACGGAGUUCGUCGGUGCCGUGGCCUUGGGUUCCCGUGUCACCAAAACCAUCAAGAGCGGUAUCAUCGAUAUCAACCGGUUCAAGCCAAAUCCCGGCACCAUGAUGCUUGCCAUGGGCUGCGCUGAAGUUGGCUCUGCUACCUGGUUGCUCGUCGCCACCAGACUCGGUUUCCCCGUCUCAACUACCCAGACCGUUGUCGGUGCCCUUGUCGGCGUUGGUAUCGCUUCCCAGGCCAGCGUCAAAUGGGCCUGGGACAGCGGCAGUGUUUCUCAGAUCGCUGCCUCUUGGGCCAUUGCUCCCGCCAUUGCCGCCGCUUUCUCUGCCAUCAUCUUCGGCACCAUCAAGUACUCCGUCCUCGAACGCCGGGAUCCAUUGAAGUGGGCCAUGCGUAUGAUUCCCUACUAUCUCGCCUUCACUGCCGCCAUUCUUGCUCUUUUCAUCAUCGUCGAGCUGCCCGGUGGCAAGUCCUAUGAGGAGUUUGGUGUCGGGAGGAUGUGCGGCAUUGUCCUCGGGGUCUUCUUCGGUUGCCUGGCUAUCGCCUACGGUUUCUUCAUCCCUUACUUCCACCGCCGCCUUGUUGUUGGAGAUGCCCGCAUCAAGUUCUACCAUAUUCCCCUGGGCCCAACCCUCUGGCGCGAUGAUCCUUGGCUCUAUUUCCCUGGCGCGGCUGAUGGUGAGGUCGUCAUUGACUAUUACAAGAGCGCCCACACCGCUGCUCCAUCCGCCAACAAUAAUAACAAAAACGACGCUUCCGACCCAGAUGCCAUCAAGCCCGCCUCCAAUGACAAGGGGUCAGACUCUCCCGACCCGUCUACCCUCGAGAAGGGCCUUGAGCAUAACACUGCCGCUCUCCAGAGCAAGCAAUUCCUCGAACCGGAAGAGCGCUGGCUCGCACCAACAAGACACCUCCCUGUCUACAGCCCAACACGCCUCUGGUCCUGGGUCAAAUAUUUCUUCCUCCAGGGCGUCUCCCGUGACUGCGUCUCCCACUCCUCCGAGCUCCUUGCUGCAACCCACGCCCGCGCCAAGCGCUACGAUAACAGAGUCGAACAUCUCUGGACAUAUGCCCAGGUUGCCAGUGCCAUGAUCAUGUCCAUCGCUCACGGUUCUAACGAUGUUGCCAACGCGGUCGGCCCCUGGGUCGGUGCCUACGACACCUACAUCACCGGCGUGGUCUCGAAAGAAACCAACACCCCGGUCUGGAUCCUGAUCGUCGCCGGUUUCCUCCUCGGCGCCGGAUUCUGGUUCUUCGGUUAUCACAUCAUCCGCGCCCUGGGUAACAAGAUCACCCAGUUGUCCCCUACUCGUGGUUUCUCCAUGGAGCUUGGUGCUGCCGUCACUGUUCUGAUGGCCUCUCGUCUUGGUCUUCCCGUCAGUACCACCCAGUGUCUCACGGGUGCCACUAUGGGUACCGCUCUGAUGAAUUAUGAUCUCGGUGCCGUCAACUGGAGACAGCUAGGAUAUAUUGUGUGCGGAUGGAUCAUGACUCUCCCGACCGCUGGGUUGAUAUCCGGUCUGUUGAUGGUGAUGGCUCUCAAUACCCCUCACCUGUAG